GCUGACAGGUAACAAGCAGCCACAAUGAUCUGUCCCAUUCUGCUCCUGGGAUUCUCCCUGCUGGCUGCCAUCAAUGGGGGGACAGCAAAGCCGUGAGUGGGAGAGCUUCAUAUUUUCUAUCAUGUUUUAGAGGGACAGGUUCUAGCUACAAUGUAUUCUGUGUGUAUUGUCUUACAGUAUGGACUGCUCACUCUCACAUGUUGGGAUGCUCUGUGACUGCUAUCAUUGUCACGUGACAGGUGCUAGGUUAACCUCUGUCUGUUAUAUAGGUGAUCAGUUUGGGAAACAGUCCCUCUACUGUAUUCUGGGUACUUGUACUCUCUGCCUGUCUAUAAUCUGGGAGGGGCUGUCACAUUGUGGGUAUCUGUAUUUUGGGGACUUUUAGCAGGUCUAAAGCUUUGUGUCCUUGUGCUCUCACACAGUUCAGCAUUUGAUAAUCUCUGCACUCCAAACUUGUCCCUGGCACCUUCUAAGUAUUGUGUGCUUUACAAAGGUUUAUAAACCCAUAUUACCAAUGCAGAAAACUGUUAGAGGAUUAGUGCGUGUGCAAUAAGAGAUCACUGUGGGCUUUUUGGGGGAGGUUGCAAUGACAAAUAUUGAAAUAUAGUCACGAUACAGAAAGGUGCACGUUGUAGUCUUCCUUAUAAAGCGCCAACAAAUUCUGCAGCGCUGUACAAUGGGUGGACUAACCAUCAAGUAUUUGCAACAAGGAGAGUUUGACUCACAGGAGGGUGAGGGCCUUGUUCGAUGUGCUUACAUGUAUAUAGGGUAAUGUAUCCAAAGUUAAAGGAACACUAUAUAGGCACCCAGUCCCCUUCAUCUCAAGUGGUUUGGAUGCAGUGCCCCAUCACUUAUCAUUCUGCACAGUUCACUCUUUAUUUGCCAGAGGGACAUUAUAUAGUCUUGGCAAUAGUAUAGAAGAACUCUUCAUGGGCUCUUAUUCUGUCACUCAGCCCAUUGCGUAAGAGAUUUGUCCACAUUAACAAAGGGUGUUAUCAGAGACGGAAACAAAAACCGAAUAUGGGAGCCAUGAGAAUGAGCACAGAUUAAUGGCUAAGGUGUUUGGGGGAAAUAAUACACUGGUUAUAGAUGAAGUAAGAGAUUGGGCUCCUGAGGCUUAUUGUGCAUUCGUUUCUUCUCGACUAAAGUAAAAUAUGUCUGCUUUACUUAUAGACUGUAGUGUUCUAUGCUAUUAAAGGGUGCUCAAUAAAGCUGUAGGUAUGGACAAGCAGGGCGCAUGGUCUGUUCCUUCUGUAAUACCAGCAAUGGGCGGGUUAUAAAUCUAUAGAUGAUAGAAACCAGGUGUGCUGUCUAGUCCCCCUAUAAAAUGACAGAUGGGUAGAAGUUGUCUGGGCCCUCUAGACCCACAGAAGGGCAGAGGCUGGGCACUUGCUGUCUGGGCCCUCUAGACCCACAGAAGGGCAGAGGCUGGGCACUUGCUGUCUGGGCCCUCUAGACCCACAGAAGGGCAGAGGCUGGGCACUUGCUGUCUGGGCCCUCUAGACCCACAGAAGGGCAGAGGCUGGGCACUCGCGGUCUGUGAUUUAUAGAAAUGUUUUCUAUCCCAGCAAUGGAUGUUGUCUCACAUGAGAACCGUCUCUAGAAAACCUUUAUUUGUUGUGCCAUAAUGCGUGAAUAAUAUUGGCCUAUGCUUGUAGCUCAUUCACGUGUAAUUGACAUUCCCCUUCUCCUCCCAGGUACUGUAUAAUGCUAUGGCCACACUGACCAUGCAGUGGGAUUUCACAGUGCACACAGUCUGAGUUCUGCUGAUUUGUGUUAUGGGAGGUCAAAGCAACAUCAGAUGUCAAGAUACACAAUACCCAUUCUGGUGCUCUGCCAGUACACAGUGGGCAAUGCUGGGAAUACUAUGAUACAUUCACAGAAACCUACUCUAGAGCUCUAAUCUUGGUAAAUAAGUCAGAAGCUUACUCUUCUUUCUGGCCAGGUGUGGGAUUCUGUAUUAGGAGCAGCUGUAACCUGACUGUGUGUAUAAAGCGCAAAUACACUAGAUUUUCUUUUCAUUGAGAAAGCUGACUUCAACCAACAACCUGCCGGGAGUUGUAAAACAUUCUGUGUAUUAUUUCCCACUGGCUGAUACCUUGUAUAUCUGCAGGCAAUAUGCUCUUUCUACUCCAGUUCUGCUGAAGAGUGAUGAAAAUGCCACAGUGUGUGUUAACUUUGUCCGUCUCAAUGAAAGUCUACAUGUUUUUGCAACGGUUGAGGUCUUUAAGGAGAACUACACCAUCUUUGAUGAAGAAAUCCCAGCUGCGGAUCUCAUGAAGUGCAAUGAGUUUAAGGUUGGUUUGACAUGACCUGUCUGGCAGCAUAUGCUCGCGAUUUAGAAGGCAUUGUUAUCUGGAGACAAUGUACAGACUCUCGGUUUGCCUGUACAACCACAUGGUACCAUUUGUCAUAACCUGAUCUAAUGACACCCCAGAUUGUAGCAGUCCGUAUCUUGUCUGCCUUCUGGGCUUUACAUUUUUCUUGAUCAGUUUGUCCUCUCCCUCCAGGUACCCAAAAUAAAGUCGGCUGCCCCAGUCUUCCUUACUUUUUUGGCUACUGGUUCAACCCUACGAUUUUAUGAACGUAGGAGCCUGGUGAUUGAUCCCUUGGGCAAUGUCUACAAAGUUCAGACUGACAAGCCAUUGUACAAACCUAGUGAUACAGGUGAGAUGAUGUAUAAUAUUAGUGGCACUUCUAGUACAGGAAAUAUGAGCGGCAUGGCAUGCAUUGGUGGCUGCCUAUUUUUUGCCUUACUUUCCCAGUGUCAGAGCUAUAACUGAUCUUCAUUCACUGUGAGGUCACCUGAGCCCAAAGUAAGUAAAGUUUGUUCAGUUGGGCAGCAGGACUCCUUCCCGAGGUGUAGAACUCCCCCCAAUUAACCUCUAAGGUUGGUGCCAGUGCAAUCUGUUACAAUGUGAUUUAAAGAUCAGUAAGUUUUCAAAUCCCACCACAAUGUCUCAUUUGGACUCUUCUCAUCCCAUCAUUCAGUGCGGGUCCGGCUAAUCUCCCUGAAUCAGAAGCUGGAGCCAGUGGAGGAGAAGGUGAGUAGGAUUUAUUUUGCUCUGACAUCUUUUAACUCAGUGGUUCCAAAUUAUUUAUUUUUUAUUUUUCCAAGGCACCCCAAGUAAAGUGAAAAAUGUUCUGUUCUGUAUAUCUGUACAGCGCAGCAGCAUAUACUUGACUCCUUUUUUAGGCAGACAUGCUUGCUGUUCAAGCACAGAUGCAGAACCUAAUCUUGGGAGGGGUACUGGUAUAUUAUUUACAGAAACCAUAUAGGCACUUUGUUGUGGUUAUGGUGCCAUCAGUGCCCUAUUAGAGUAAGUAGUUGAACUGUUUGACCACUUACCUGGGAUCUGCUGGGAUGGGGCCUGUGGUAGGGGUUAGUGGCAUUGGUGAGUUGCUCAAUUGUUUCUGUGGUGGUAGGAUGGGAAAUGUAGAAAUAUUUAUUUAUGGCUGAAGAAUAUAGUAAGGGGGAUAUGGGGAUAUCUAUCUAUAUCUCCUUGUCUGGGAGGGGGACUGUACAAGGCAAUCCUUGUGGUCUGAUGGUGAAGCCCUGGAAGUUCUAGUGGUGACCAUGAACUCUAGCAGCCUCAGGAGUUCACUCUCGCAAGAUUUGGAGCAUUGCUGUGAUAACUGAGCUUGCGAAAGGAGAACCUGGCUAAGCUACAGGUUAGAGCUCCCAAGUCCUCUCUCCUCCCUCCCCUGCUAGCUGGCGGGAGAUCUCUGAUCUCCCUUCUGGUCCUGCAGAGCUGGCAGGGGUGAGGGGAGGCACAUUACCUGGUGCUAUGAUUAUAGCACUGGGAAAAUAUCUUGUGGCACUCCGGCACAGUUUAGGAACCGCUGCUUGAACCUGUUACUGUAUGCCUUUUAUUUCUUUUUUUUGACCACAAGCCGUGAUCUGCAAUCUAUUUACAAGUUCUCUUCCUUUCUGAAUGGUAUUUAUUUUGUUGGGUCACACUGUCCUCUCAAGAAUAUUCUGUCACAUGUUAAUGUGUCAUGAAGCAAACCAACUGCCACACUCUACAUUCAUGUACAUAGUAUGUUCUCCUCCGUUGGACAGGGGGUCUUUGCUUGUCCCCUUAAUGUUCACUUGAUAUAACACAAGCACUGCCUUUUGAAAUGGUCAAUAGUUUCAUUUAAUGAAGUGUGUAUUGCUAUUCUCUAAAUCCUGACUUGCCAUCAUUCAUUCUAAUACUUGUUUAACCUCUCUCCCCAGUACUCUGCAGUCUAUGCUGUGGUAAGAAAUGUCUAUAUUCUAUUUUUGUAAAUGAAUGCCCUUCUCUCUCAAUGUGUUUCUAAUGGGGGCUUUGGAUUACUUUCUUGACUCUCCAUGCAGCCCAGCAUAGUGUGGGAAACCUUACUUACUGUAUUAUGGUGUAUCCUUUAUUCAAUGUUCUAUAAACGGUCUAUUUGUAUUCACUUUCUGAGGAAUCCUAGUUUCAAUCUCCUCUUUUCAAGAGUUUUAUUUAUAAACCUUCCCGUAGGAUCCAUCUGGGAAUCGGAUGUUCCAGUGGCUGAAUCUGGAGUCCGACCACGGCAUUGUGUCGCUAGAGUUUACUCUGCUCUCUGACGCAAGUCUAGGACAUUACAGAAUUGAAGCUCUGAGAGAAUCGGGUGAACAGAUUUCCCAAGAGGUUCCGGUUGAAGAAUAUGGUAAGGGAGGGGGGAGUUGAAACCAAUUGUCUGGUGUCAUCACAGACCAGCUAUAAUGGUUUGUUGGUUAACAGACGUCCACUACUCUCCCACUGUAGAGCCUUUGUAGUAACUAUGUUCUUAAGGCCUUGUACAUCUGUUCGUUGUUAAUGUCACUUGGUCACAAGCGGGGGGAUGUAUUUUAUCUAAUCUUUAUGUGAAAUGGACUUUGCUCAAAUCACUUCUGUAUAACCUGUUCGUUUCUGUGUAUCUAUAUAAUUUUUUUAUUUUUUUUUCCCUCUCUAGUGCCACCAAAAUAUAGUGUGUCUAUAGAGGCUCCUUCAACUGUUACUGUUCUUGACAAGACUCUCUCAGUUAAUACCACUGCAAAGUAAGUUCCCCAUGCAAUCAAAAAUAUCCCACUCUGAACCAUGAAUUUAACAUAUCAUACACUGAUCUGGUCAUCAAUUUGCUCUGAAUAUGACAACUGUCACCUGAGCAGAUGAAUUGCAGCUUAUCACAAAACAAGCAAAUGUAAUUGUGUGGUGUGCUUUAUUUCUUUUUUUUUUUUUUUUUUAAACCUUCAUAUCUUUUGGUGUCAUGCACAAUAUAAAUUGGCACUUGCUUUUCCCACAGAAAUCACAAAUUUGAAGUGAUGUUCCUACCGCAAAGGAUUCUGGGUGGGCAUAUGCAAAUAUAUAGAUCUUUAGAUUACACCAGAUCCAGCACACUCCCUUAUCCACUACAUGUCCACUUGAGAGCACAGUUUUAUUUAAUGGCACCUCACCUCGGCUAAAAUAAUGGGGAUUUAGUUACAUUAUAUGAUCAUACAUUGCAUAAGCCUGCCACGUCAGUGCUGCCCUACUCUAGCAGCCUAAUACCUAAUCUUAUUAUUUUCAGAUACACCUACGAACAGGGCGUUCCAGGGACGAUCACUGGAAGGUUGUGUAGACGAUACUCCUCAUAUUAUCCAGGAAAUGCUUGCAACCGGAACCCAGAGGGGCUCUGCCAGUCCAUCACAGGCAAAGUAUGUUCAUUGCUCUCAUCGUCCCCAUAUUGGAAGAAAAUAGACAAAAAGCUCUGCAGCCAACUUCUACACUAGAAGAGUCAAAACACAACUCCUAAGCCUGAAUAAGGAUUUACCAAAACAGCACUGUGUGCUUUAUCUAAAUCUUCUGCUCCUGGUUAAUCUAAAAAUACAUAGAAUGUGACGGCAGAUAAGAACAAUUCGGCCCAUCUAGUCGGCCCAAUUUUCUAAAUACUUUCAUUAGUCCCUAGUCUUAUCUUAUAGUUAGGAUAGCCUUAUGCCUAUCCCACGCAUGCUUAAACUCCUUUACUGUGUUAACCUCUACCACUUCAGCUGGAAGGCUAUUCCAUGCAUCCACUACCCUCUCAGCAAAGUAAUACUUCCUGAUAUUAUAUUUAAACCUUCCCCCCUCUAAUUUAAGACUGUCCUCUUGUUGUGGUAGUUUUUCUUCUUUUAAAUAUAGUCUCUUACUUUACUGUGUUGAUUCCCUUUAUAUAUUUAAAUGUUUCUAUCAUAUCCCCCCUGUCUCGUCUUUCCUCCAAGCUAUACAUGUUAAGAUCCUUUAACCUUUCCUGGUAAGUUUUAUCCCGCAAUCCAUGAACCAGUUUAGUAGCCCUUCUCUGAACCCUCUCUAAGGUAUCAAUAUCCUUCUGAAGAUACGGUCUCCAGUACUGUGUACAAUACUCCAAGUGAGGUCUCACCAGUGUUCUGUACAAUGGCAUGAGCACUUCCCUCUUUCUACUGCUAAUACCUCUCCCUAUACAACCAAGCAUUCUGCUAGCAUUUCCUGCUGCUCUAUUACAUUGUCUGCCUACCUUGAAGUCAUCAGAAAUAAUCACCCCUAAAUCCCUUUCCUCAAUUGUUGAGGUAAGGACUCUAUCAAAUAUUCUGUACUCUGCCCUUGGGUUUUUACGUCCAAGAUGCAUUAUCUUGCACUUAUCCACAUUAAAGGACCACUAUAGUGCCAGGAAAACAUACUCGUUUUCCUGGCACUAUAGCACCCUGAGGGUGCCCCCACCCUCAGGGUCCCCCUCCCGCCCGGCUCUGGAAAGGAGUUUAAACUUACCUUUUUCCAGCGCUUGCCGGAGAGCUCUCCGCCUCCGAUCCUCCCCGCCGGCUGAAUGCGCACGUGCGGCAAGAGCUGCGCGCGCAUUCAGCCGGUCUCAUAGGAAAGCAUUUACAAUGCUUUCCUAUGGACGCUUGCGUGCUCUCACUGUGAAAAUCACAGUGAGAAGCACGCAAGCGCCUCUAGUGGCUGUCAAUGAGACAGCCACUAGAGGAUUAGGGGGAAGGCUUAACCCAUUCAUAAUUAUAGCAGUUUCUCUGAAACUGCUAUAAUUAUGAAAAAAUGGGUUAACCCUAGAAGGACCUGGCACCCAGACCACUUCAUUAAGCUGAAGUGGUCUGGGUGCCUAGAGUGGUCCUUUAAAUGUCAGUUGCCACAACUCUGACCAUUUUUCUAGUUUACCUAAAUCAUUUGCCUUAUACCUCCUGGAACAUCAAGCCUGUUACAUAUCUUAGUAUCAUCAGCAAAAAGACAUACCUUACCAUCAAGACCUUCUGCAAUAUCACCAAUAAAAAUAUUAAAGAGAAUGGGUCCAAGUACAGAUCCCUGAGGUACCCCACUGGUGACAAGUCCAAGCUUCGAAUAUAUUCCAUUAACUACAACCCUCUGUUGCCUGUCACUCAGCCACUUCCUUACCCAUUCAACAAUAUUGGAAUCCAAACUUAAAGAUUGCAGUUUAUUGCUAAGCCUUCUAUGUGCAACAGUGUCAAAAGCCGUACUGAGAUCUAGGUAAGCAAUGUCUACUGCACCACCCUGAUCUAUAAUUUUAGUUAUCCCAACCAAAAAAAAAAUCAACAAGAUUAGUUUGGCAUGAUCUCCCUGAAGUAAACCCAUGUUGUCUUGAAAUCCAUGUGUUUUUUUUAUAUGUUCAGCAAUCCUAUCCUUUAACAUGGUUUCCAUCAUAUACAGAUCUAAUCGAGGUCUUGUGCCCGCUCAUGUUGCACAGAACAGUGACCCCACCCCCAUAGGGUUCUUAGGAAAUGUGUAUAUACUUGUAAUUCUUGAAGUAGUCAUGUAUUUGUCGUUUUUUUUUUUUGUUUUUUACACUACAGACUGAUUCAGAUGGGACAUUUAGUACCAUCAUUGAUCUCUCCAACUACCAGCUUGAUCGCUCCGGACUCGAUCUGUCAUUUACUCUUCAGAUGACCAUGUCUGAGGAGGGCACAGGUAAAAUCUUUAUUCUUUGUCUUAGAAAUCCAACAUGCCUAGUGGUCCUAAAACCAACAAUUUAAUAAGUAAAACAAAUCUCUUGUAAAGGACUAAUGAAAUUUAAGGCCUCUGUGGCCUUAUUGCAUUCCAAACAUUCUUCAAAUCCUUCUAGACUGUCAGGCAAAUCUUGUCUUGGUGCCAUGGGAUUUAAGGGACUUUUUUUUUUUUUUUUAUUUUUUUUUUUGCCAUGAAUGUUAAUUACAAAUGGUGCUCUCAAACUGAAUCACCCUAUUGGAGUAAAUGUUAUAGUUAACCUGGACUGAGCAGUUCUUUGCCUUUCUACUUGCAGGGGUCCAGAUAACUGAAACAAAGUAUAUCUCCAUCACCAACCUGAUAUCGAGGGUCUCUUUUGAUCGCCAGGCUAUGAGUCGGUAUUACAAACGUGGCUUGGAUUUUCUUGUACGGGUAAGCCCUAGUUACUGUGAUUCUCCCUAAACCAACAAAGGUUGUUUCUAGGUUCUGGGGGUGUAGCCAAAAGUGAAAAUGCUAUUUCACAUUCCCUCCUUAACACUGGAAAGUUGUACUCUUAAUUCUUUCCGCUCUAUUAAUGAACACUUUCCUUGGUCCAUGGACUAAUUUACUAAUACUUGACUGCCCCUUUACACUGCACUCAUAAGUGGUGACAGCAGGUUUGAAAAAUUCACAACCUCCUUCCACAGGGUCGAACAAAGGAAUCUAUUGAGUGCAGGUACGCCAGUAUGGCAGUGCCACCUGUUAUUCAGGACUUGUGGCCCAUCGUUCUGUUAGGAUCUAAACUAAAAAGUGACAAACCUUCGUAUUGGAAAUAGAAGCAUGGUGUCUCUGGGCAUUUGUACAUUCUAAUUUUCUGCAAGGGUAUUCCACCUGAGCCAGGUAGGGGUAGUUUAAUCACUUGUAUCUUAUUAGUAGUAGUUCUAGGUGGUGGAGGAAGAAUUAUUGAAAAAGGUGAAGAUUAUGUUGUGACCCUUGGUUUACUUGGCGAUGUGGCUAUGGCUUUCAAGAUCUAAGUGACUUUAUAGAGUAGUAUUGCACACACUCUGUAUUGACAAAAGUUCUAUACAAAUGUCUUAUUCAAUCCAUGACUUCAUAGAUUAAUGUGGUAAAUGCAUCUGGACAGCCACUGGGUGGUGAAAACAUAGAGCUUCAACUGAAUGGGGUGCCUAUCCAAAACCUGACCACCGGAACAGAUGGUAGUGCAGAGUAUUUGAUCGAUACCUCUGACAUUCUCCAAACUGAAAUUCAAAUUCAGGUGAGGACAGAAGGAAUGUGUGGUUUUUUUUUUUUUUGUUUUUUUUUUCUCAACUCUAGAGUAAUUCUGUAAAACCUGGGCUUUAUGGUUCUGGCCUAGCCAAUGGCUAAAUGUCUGAUUUCUGUAAUGGACAUGUCCUGUCUUCUAUCUGCAGGCCUUAUACAAGAACACCGAGCAGUGCUACGACUCCAACUUUCUAACACCAACCUAUUCCAAUGAUUUCUUUUCUGCCACACGGUUUUAUUCUCGGUCUGGAAGCUUUAUACAGGUGCAGGCCCCACGUGAGGAGCUACUCUGUGGACAGAGCUAUGACCUCAAGGUGCAAUAUGUACUCAGUGCAGAAGGUGUAGAAGGUGAUGCCCGACCCUCUGUAUUUUAUCAGGUGUGUAAGAUGGAACCUUGCUAUGGUUUGUCAAGUAAGCAUGACCAUCAGAUGUCUCUAGGCAUGAUUAUCUGCAGAGUUAAUCAAGGAUUUGGGUUUUGUCUGUACAACUGUUUUUUUUUUUUUUUUUUAAUUUUUUUUUUUUUGAAUGGAUAUUUGUGGGAAGAGAUGGAUCUGGUGACCCAUUAUAGCAAAGUACCAUAGGAAGUCUUCAAAUGAAAAACCACUCGGAUUUAUAUAAUGAGGGAUGGCACGUUUGCUCUCUACAGGAUUCCUCUGGAAAUUCAUCAGAACAUGGGAUCAAAGGGGGAUAAAAAGCAAAUGUUUAAUUCUGAUUAUCUAUCUGCUUCUACCUACUUGCAGGUCCUGUCAAAAGCAAAGAUUGUACAAAAUGGUCAACAUAGUCUACCUUCAAGUAGCGGUAAGUAGGCCUCUGUGCAUUGGGCAUAGGAAGAUCUAACAACUAUGUAUGUGUGGUGCAAAGGCAUAAGAUGAAAACGAUCUUCUGAGAAUGAGACCAAAUAUAGCAGACUUUUAUAUUAACUAUCUUCCUUCUUCUAAAAAAAGCUUGAAUCAUACCUGCACGAUCAUUGAAUAUACUGUUUCCUUCAUGACAGCACUGGAAGGUGAACUAACCUUCAGUAUCGCCGUGUCUUCAGAUCUGGCCCCGGGGGCAGAUGUCAUUGUGUACAUGAUUCUACUGGGGGAAGUCAUUGCAGACUCUGUCAAGCUGAAUGUGGAGAAGUGUUUCAAGCACCAGGUAAGUUCAUUGUUACGAAGUCAUAGAGCUUCAUAACCCGGUAACUGGGUCAGGAGUCUUAUUUUAUUCUAUCUCUCUUAAGGUAUCCAUGAAUUUUUCUGCUGAAAAAGGAAUUCCUGGAUCUACUGUAGACCUCAAAGUAUCGGCAGCUCCCAGUUCCCUGUGUGGGCUUCGGGUCAUUGAUUCCAGCCUCCUUCUGCUGAAUCCAUACCAGUCGAUUACUGCUGAAACUGUGAGUAAGCACAAAACCUAACAUAACCAAAGCCAAAAGUCUCAGGGUUUUAUAUAUAUAUUUAUAUUAUCUCUAUAUAUCUUAUUUUUCUGCAGGUGUAUAACUCCUUGAGAUACAACAGCUUAAAUGGAUACUAUGUGUCAGGUUAUAAUGUGGCCCCACCUGCCCUUCCCUGCAUCGACUCGAACAAUCAAAUAAUUAUUGAGGGCAUAUAUUACGAGCCUGUAAGCUAUCCGAAUGAAGGAGACUCUUUUGAAGUGUUCCGUGUAAGUAUCUGGGGUGUUUUACUUGUCUGAUAUCUGCUGAGCUUUCAAAUGGUUUAAGGAGAUGUGGGGAGCGUCUGGAUAACUUCUAGUUGGGACAGUCAGUCUUUGAGAUGCAAGUGGUUGUAUGCAAGAGGUAUUUUGGCUUUACAUUUUCUUGUUUAACCAUUUAACACUUAUAUGGUGGCUUCCUGGUUAACAUCCUUCCAUUCUGUUUCAGGACAUCGGUUUGGUAUUUGCAACCAACACCACCGUGCAUAAACCAGAGGUGUGUGGCAGAUUCAACGGCCGUCCGUACAAUUCUCCUGUGCUGACCCUUGCAGCAACGUCUCUUGGAAGGGAGGUUGUAGAAUUCUCAGGUAAACUUUUGUGGGUUUUUUAAAAAUUUUUUAUUUUUUAUUUUUUUAUUUAUUUAUUUUUUAUAAAAGUUGUGUAAACCUAUUGCUGGUGUGGUAAGAGCCUCAAUAGCUGCUUCAGUCCAGUGGAGUCUCAUCCAUGAGGACAUUUUAGGAAGUGCCUUUGCAAUGUCUAGUGCUCUAAAAAUAAAAAAAAAAAUAAAAAAAAAAACUUGAUAAGAGUUACUAAAAUGUAGCAUGUCAAGAUUUUUAAAUGAGAAAUUUGAAUUCUCUCUUUAUCCUUUUAUAUUCUUGACUGGCUUGUUGUAACUUUGCAGGCAUGCCCUAGAAGGCAGGUCUGAAUGAUGUCCUCUCAGGCUAUCUGGGGGUUGGCGUGUGCAGGACUCCCCUUCUCCUGGUGCCCAGCAACCUUACUCUUGGCUCUCUGAGCUCGAUCCUCAAGCUAACAAUCACUCCCUGCAGGGACUGCAGCCUCUUCCCCUUCAGUUCUACAAUCUGUCAGCUGAGCCAUCUUAAGACCUCUGUAGUCAGCAGGCUCCUCACUUCCCCCUUCUUUCUGAUGUCACACUGAGUUAGUGCAAAGAUUGUAGACAAUGUGUAUUGCAGCUGAUCAGAAUUCCACGUGUGGCCUCACUGCAAGGGCUAACAUUUUAUUUACUCUUUGUACCCGUACAUUGUCUGUAUGUUAAAAUAUUAAUAUUAGUGAUCUGUCAAAUGUGCUCUAUGGAAAAAUGUAAACAUAUAUAAAAUGAAUGACCGAUCUUGCCUGUUAGAGUUCACUAUAUUGGUAAAUACAGAUAUGUUAAAAAUCUGUCUUUGUUUUAGGCAAACUCUUCUGUAAUGUCAGGCUUUUUUUUUUUUUUUGCCUUUUGGAUUCCAGAUAACUUGGCUCUGAGAAAAUACACGUCGAUUUGCAAAUAUUGUCAGUGGUACAGAAUAUGGGUGUGGAGACAGGACCAUAAAUGCACACCUCACAAGUGUCCCUGUUUUAGAUGGGAACAGUCCCUAUUUUUGGGUUCCAAAUCCCUCUGCCCUGCUUUUCUAAGAGCGCUAUAUAUUGUUGGUGUGUCUGGUUUAUAACAGAGCUCCACAGCAAUAAUACUCCCAGUAAUGUGUAUAACAGAGCUCCACAGCAAUAAUACUCCCAGUAAUGUGUCUUCGUGUAUAACAGAGCUCCACAGCAAUAAUACUCCCAGUAAUGUAUAUAACAGAGCUCCACAGCAAUAAUACUCCCAGUAAUGUGUCUUCGUGUAUAACAGAGCUCCACAGCAAUAAUACUCCCAGUAAUGUAUAUAACAGAGCUCCACAGCAAUAAUACUCCCAGUAAUGUGUCUUUAAACUACUGAAUGUGUCUAGAAAUCAGUCUGUGUAAAUAAGACACAUUGUUUUAAAUAACACUUUAGUUCUGUAAAUGAAGUAAUUUAAAAUGUCUCAACUACCCUGGCCACACUCUCACACCUAAAUUUAAAGUGUCCCUCUUUAGUUUGGAUGGGAACUAGCAUUACUGUCUACCACUAAUAUGUGUAAACGUUUAACAUAUUUUGAUAUUGGUGGGAAUGCCUAAAUUACCAGCAAUCUGACUCCGUAAUUAACUUUUUUUUUUUUUUUUUGUAGAUGUGUCUAUAGGUGGGUCUUCAGCAGAGUCUGUCAUCACUGUGCGUAAUACGUUCCCUGAGGUCUGGAAUUUUGACAUCACACCCGUUGGGUGAGUAGAUAUAACAAGGCCUGCAUUCGAUUAGCUAGGGGUGCUACUUCAUAGGAAACGCAUUCUGGUCCUUGCAAGUGGUCACAGAUGGAAAGAAUUUACAAAGCUUUGCGUUCCUCUAAAGCAGUGGGUUCCAAACUAGUCAGGGCACACCUACCAUUGUCACUUUAUUUAUUUUUUUUAAUUUUUUUUUAUUUUAUUUUUUUAAAUUAACACCUUGAACACAACUGGGUAAUUCCUGGACUGUUUUGGAAAGCACAUUUUUUUUUUUUUUUUUUUUUUAAAAGGUCCAUGCUCUGUGACAAUCUGGGAUACAGACUUUUUUUAAUACAACUCUAUGGUAAAGGUUAUCUUCAAAUGUACAGAGCAUUCCAAAAACCUAUACAGCUGUGUAACAGAGCUCCCUGGGUACCUCCACCAAGGACUGCUUCUUAGCUGGAACAGGGGACAAACGGCAGCACUUCUGCCCAGUUGCCGUGGCUUGACUGGGGCACUGGAACGGCUCCCUCCUGGAGCCAAAUGGGAACUCUCUAGCCAUCCCAAGGCACUGGACGACACUCUGUCCUGGGAGCUCUAGUCCUUAAAAGGACUUCCCUGUUGAAUCCUCAUCACUGGAACAGUUUUAGUGCUUAGCCCUUUCCCCUCCCGGUAACCAGAUGGCAAAUAGUUCUGGGAGUACAAGCUUAAUCUGGCCUGCUUUUAAUACAAUUUGGCCAAACACUCCCACACAACAGGAUAAUCCCUCCACCUGGACCUGAAAGACUAGUUACAAGCAAACACCUAACCUACUCCUCCCCUGUGCCUGAGAGCGACUUACCUCAGUAUAUAUAUAUAUUCUAUCGAAUUAUCUCAGUACAGAAAUGGGCAAUAUAACAAAAGUACCCCUUAAACACAUGGAAACACAAGUUACAUCCCCUGAUCUGGGGGACCAGCCUAUCCAAAAAUCACCCAGAUCGGUUCAGGGGAAGUCAUCAUUUUCAGGCUAGAUUCGGUAGCUUAAAAAUGAACAGAAUCCAUAGUUCUACCCUGGAGCUUGUUAACCUUGUUCGUUGGAACAUUUCCACCAAACCGUGCCCUUCUCAUUUGUAUAGAACACAGGCGAUGAUGGAAGUCCAGCGGUGUUCAGGAGGUGUGUUUUUUUUUUUUUUUUGUUUUGUUUUUUAUGCAUUUGAUGACCAAACACUACUGCCUGUGUUCAUGCAAACGAUGGCUGCCACCUCGUGGUCAUUGGUAUGAAUUGCAGGACACCCAAACUAACAAUUGGAACACUGCGGUGGAACUAGUACCAAGGUGUCAACUGGACUUGCCAAGCUUCUGGGUGGUCUCUGGUUCGUGCGGUCACAUGACCAGAAUUUGCAGGGUAUCUUGUAUGGUCCAGGAGGCUGGCUAGCGGGCUCCACCAGGAGAUCAUGGCAAACUACCAGACCACAAGCUGCUUAUGAUCUACUUUGAUCGCAGGCUUGACUACUUGAAAUAAAACAUCUUCUCCUUUACCAACUUAUCUGCACUAAAAGUGUUCAUGUUUGCAGCUAAAUCUGGUUUUAUUUUCUAUCCUAGUGAGACUGGCACUGCAUCUAUAACAGAGACUGUACCGGGAACCAUUACCCAGUGGCAGUUCACUGGGUUUUGUGUUUCGAAGGAUGAAGGUUUUGGGAUAAACAAACAGCCAUCCACCUUCAACUCUCUACUGCCGUUCUUUGUGGACCUGUCUUUGCCAUAUUCCUUUGUCAGGACAGAGACUCUGGUCCUUAAAGCUGUUGUAGUAAGCUACCUGGAACAAUGUAUCAAGGUAACUGUCGACCAAUGUAUUGGUCUCAGUACAGCAUACUGUCUUACGAUACUGACAUAACUUGUCAUCCCCUUUUAUUUUAAUUUGCUAUCGUUAUCAAUCCUUUAGGUUGGCAUUGAGCUGGGAGCUUCUGAAGCGUUCACUGCAACAUUGAAAGAUGGAGGGCAAGAUAUCUGCAUCUGCCCCAAUGAAAGAGCCUCAUAUUCCUGGGAUAUGAAGGCAAAUGCCAUAGGUAGAUAUCUGAUCAUAUGUUCUGGUUGAGAUAUAGUUUGUCCCUAUGCCAGACUAUUAUUUUAAUAAAUUAUUAUUUUUUUUUUUUUUUUGUAUAGCUUAGCUUGCUUUGAACCCCCUCAUUUCAUUAAGGGGGAAAAAACUAGACUCUCAAAUUUAUCUUACAGGUGUGGUAUCUGUUAAUGUGACUGCUUGGACAUCUUACUUUGGCGCUACAUGCAAUGAGUCGGCCAGUGACACCAGUCAGCCAUUCCGCAAGGACACUGUGAUCCACACCGUUAUUGUGGAGGUAUCAAUCUAUGGCUGAUGUAACAGUUACCCGUGCACUACUCCAAAUUCAAUAAACCAUGAGUGUCGAUUUGGGGGGGGGGGGAGUGCUGACUGGGUUAGAAAUUAGCCCCCCAAUAACAGAAAUCUGCAGCCCUUCUCUCAAAGUUUCUGCCUAGCUGCCCAUUGUGCCCCACUCUCUCCUUCCAUCCCCUAUAGUCCUCGACCCUGGCUUGGUGUUGUGGAUUUAUGGAGGAGCAAGGAGAGUGCUUUAGGAUGGGUCACCAAAUUAGUUUUAGGCUCAAACCCCUGAUGUGUUUGGAUUCUUCUGUCAUCUAUCAUCUUAACAUGUGACUUCUCUCCACAGCAACACCCCUUUAAAAUACCUUAAAUAACUAAGAUCUCUGGUCAAAGGCAAAAUCUGAGAUAGCAGGUAUUGUGAAUCUGCACAAAGUAACACUAUACAGGGGAGCAGCAUUGAAGCAAGACAAUGUACAAAACUAGCUUCCCAUUCCAAAGCUCUGUCCUGUAAGGAUUCCUUCACAUAACGUCCUCUAAUGGGAUCAAGCCGGAAACUGGUUUGUGUUUGUCUACAGGCUUUGGUGACGGCUGUAGUGGUGUCUGAGGGCAGCACUAGACACCCCCAUGAAAUUCUGUAAUUUGCUGGAGGGUACACUAUAGCUAUGAAUAAAUGUAUUUUAUUUUUGUCUCAAAGGCAGAGGGCUUAGAAGAUGAAAUAACCUACAGCAACUUUGUCAGCCUGGAAGGUAGGUACAUUCAUACGGACUCCUUAAAUUUACUGCUUUUCACUUGAUUUGGGGUUUGGGUAAUGCUUCAAAUUAAGAAUUGUAACACCAAUCCCUUCCUGGGACUCAUUACCCUGUCAUACAAGGCAGGAUUUUAUAAACCAUAGUAAGACUGUCCUUUUUAAUGCUUCUAAAAUCUGUGCAGUUUAUUGUCCUGCUGCUCUAUCUCCAACUAAAGAAUUGAAUGUCCCUUUUCUCUAGGGAACAGCGUGCAGAUUCCCAUCAGCAUCCUGCUUCCAGCCAACGUCGUUGAAGGUUCUGUUAAGUCCUCUUUGGUUAUAGUUGGUAAGUAGAACCUGGUGCUGUGUGCAUUGCAUGUUAAGAGCUGCUCCAUAAAACAAAUGACUUCUUAAUAUGAUUAAGCUCGAGCCGGUUAAAGUUGGCAAGAGAUUGCACAUGCUCUCUUUACAGUUUAGCAUAGUAUGCAUUCAUACUGUCCCCUUUGUUACAAGUUGCAUGUUUUGGCUCUUCUCACUGUUAAAUCAUUACUAGCUCCUCUGUAAACAUACUAAGACAUGGAGGCCAUGGCGCUGAACUUUAAUUGGUAGUCGCACUUGGUUUUUGUUCCUGUCAUCUUGCCAUGGUAGCCCUACUCCACCCUUUGGCUUGUGAAGUAUGUACUAUUGAUCAUUGUUAACCUAGAUGUGAUUGUGAUGGAUGUUGCUCCAAAGCAUCUACAAUGCCCACCUCCCUCUUUUUGCAGGUGACUUAUUUGGAGUUUCUGUAACAAACCUAAAAUCCUUGAUCCGGUUGCCCACUGGGUGUGGUGAGCAGAACCUGGCUACGCUGAUGCCACUACCCUUCAUAGUGAAUUAUUUAAACAGCACUGGCAAUUUGACUCCAGACAUUCUAGCUCAAGCUAUUAGCUACAUGGAAACUGGUGAGACUUGUUCUGUUUCCUUUCCAGAUAUCUAACAAAUGUGAGAUGUUGGUGUAAUCACUGGUCCUGAAACCAAAAGGCUUUGAAUAAGUUGUUAUGGCUUUGCUUCUGCUCCACUUCUGAAAGUAUAUCCAGUCUUCAUGUCUGUCUACAUCAUGGAGACCCAUUUCUUAAAUCUCACUUGAUCAAGGAUUGAUCUGUCAUAACUUUGAACUGGGUUCCAACAUCUGUACAUAUGGGGGGGAGGGGUGGAGAAACUUGAUAUAAUCCUACAAUUUAAUAACAUGCAGUGAUGGUGCAUAGUGUUGUUCAAUGAAAAUGAUUCCACCAAACGUGUGUUCAGGGAGGACAAUUCAUGCCAAAGUGCUUGGGUUGCUCUUGAAAAAUGACUUGACCGUGUUGGCUUUGGUUCUGUAUGCUGGUUAAUCAUGUUUAUACCUAUUGGCACAGACCUUCACUUUCAAAAUACCCAGCUUUAGUCCUUGAAAUGCACCCUCCCCCAUAUACUCUGGAUCGACGGAUCAGAAGCCUUAAAUCACUUCAUACUUCACCACUAAUUAAGGACUAACUCAUUCAAGGCCACUGUCUUAACUGACCACCAUGAUGACUUAUGGGUUUCUUGGCAACUUUUACCCCGUGCCAACAGUCUAUGUGCCGUCAUUCUCAAUCUUGUAAACUGUCAACAAACAGGUUACCUGAAACCUAAAUCUUUACUACUGCUGCACUUUAUGAAGCUCUGUGUGUGUGUGUGUGUGUGGGGGGGGGGUGGUGGUGUUUGUGGUUUUUGUUUUCAUGUAGGACUUCAGUUUGAUUGUGGUGUGUGUUUUGUUUUAUUUUUUUUUUUUGUUUUUUUUGACAUCUGAAAUUUCCCAACAAUUCACACUGUAACAAACUCUAAAAUCCACUCUAUUUUCUAGGAUACCAGAGGCAGCUUGGCUAUGUUCGUUCUGAUGGCUCCUCUAGUGUGUUUGGUGGAUGGAACUCUCCAAGCAGUUCAUGGUAAGUAGAAUAACCAUUUCUGACUUAGGAGAAUCCACAAGAUUUUUACACCAUCUGAAUUGUAUUGGAACUAGUCUCUUGGUGUCAAUGCUUCAUCCUCCUCUGCUUCUCAAUCGUUCUUCCUCUUAUGUCACUUAGACACACACUGAAGCUUCUCCUAAAACCAGCCCAAUAGCAGCACACCUUCAGACCAGAAAAUACCCAAACGUGUUUUAGAAUCACACUGACACUCGUCGUGUAAUCCUUUUAUUUAUUAAUCCCAAGCCAUGCUGUUUUAACAAACACUGCACCGAUAUUAACCCACGGUGUUGUAACUUCUGCAUUAAGUUGCCACUGUAGCAAACUGUUACUGGAGGCCAUGCUUCUCUUGGCAUUAAAUGGGACUCUGUGUGUUUCUGGAAACAACUCUGAGCCCUUCACUAGCAAUGCCCCAGGGUCAGUGCUUUUGGUGGUUGUGGGUCAGGGAUUAUUAAUAAACUGUGUGACAAUCAUUCGUCUUCAGGAAUCCAAAAAGUUUCUAGGGAACUUGCAGCCCAGAGUAGUGAAUUUCCUAAUUAUUGUGUAAUGCAGGACCUUAAAAAUACUUAAACCUGCCCUGCAAGUAAUCCUGGAGGUGUUAUAAUUUUUCAAGAACAAGGGGAUGUAACCGUUAACACACUUCUAAAACACCACCAACUAAAAUAUUAUAUAUAUAUAUAUAUAUAUAUAUAUAUAUAUAUAUAUAUAUAUAUAUAUAUAUAUAAAAAAUUUUUUUUUUUUUUUUUUCAUAGGUUGGAUGCACAAAUGUUUUGGACUUUUGAGAAUCUUAAAAGGUUUGUUUUUGUUGAUGAAGCUGUUCAGAAUCGAAUUCUGUUAGUCCUUGAGAGAACCAUUGAUGCACAGACUGGCUGCUUCAAGCCAUCCGGACUACUCUUUAACAGUGCACUAAAGGCAAGUAUGUUGUGAGAUCCACUUAAACUGCUAGCGCAUAGAAUGUGACGGCAUUCGGUCCCUCUAGUCUGCACAAUUUUCUAAAUACUUUCAUUAGUCCCUAGUCUUAUCUUAUAGUUAGGAUAGCCUUAUGCCUAUCCCACGCAUGCUUAAACUCCUUUACUGUGUAAACCUCUACCACUUCAGCUGGAAGGCUAUUCCAUGCAUCCACUACCCUCUCAGUAAAGUAAUACUUCCUGAUAUUAUUUUUAAACCUUUGUCCCUCUAAUUUACGACUAUGUCCUCUUGUUGUGGUAGUUUUUCUUCUUUUAAAUAUAGUCUCCUCCUUUACUGUGUUGAUUCCCUUUAUAUAUUUAAAUGUUUCUAUCAUAUCCCCCCUGUCUCGUCUUUCCUCCAAGCUAUACAUGUUAAGAUCCUUUAACCUUUCCUGGUAAGUUUUAUCCCGCAAUCCAUGAACCAGUUUAGUAGCCCUUCUCUGAACCCUCUCUAAGGUAUCAAUAUCCUUCUGAAGAUACGGUCUCCAGUACUGUGUACAAUACUCCAAGUGAGGUCUCACCCGUGUUCUGUACAAUGGCAUGAGCACUUCCCUCUUUCUACUGCUAAUACCUCUCCCUAUUCAACCAAGCAUUCUGUUAGCAUUUCCUGCUGCUCUAUUACAUUGUCUGCCUACCUUGAAGUCAUCAGAAAUAAUCACCCCUAAAUCCCUUUCCUCAUAUAUUGAGGUUAGGACUCUAUCAAAUAUUCUGUACUCUGCCCUUGGGUUUUUACGUCCAAGAUGCAUUAUGGGGUCUAAUGUCUUGUUCAGCAAAGUUUGAAAGCUUUUGGGGUCCUGCCUCAUUAUAAAAUGUUUUGUGCAUAUAUUAUCUGUAUACUAAAUGGUGCACUGACCACUUACUUCCUCCAUAUAGCUAAUCUGUUCACUUUAUCUCCAAUCUCUGUUCAGGGAGGUGCUGAAGACUACGUCAGUUUCACAGCGUACGUUGUUUCUACACUAUUACAGUCAAACUACCCAGGAGGGGUGAGUAACCAGUCACAAGUGAGAUCUGGAAUGUGUGUUUUUAUAGCCUCCACCUGGACAAUCAUUUUUGUAAAAUACAAUUUUAACCGCUUAGUGACCAGGCAAUUUUUCAAUUGUAUUACCGUUAAGGACCAGGGCUCUUUUUCUGCAGUGGCUGUGUUUAGAUGUAAUUUGCCUCUUACAUAUUUACUGUACCCACACAUAUUGUAUACCGUUUUCCUCACUAUUAAAUGUUCAUUCUAAAGAUACCAUUAUUUUCAUCAUAUCAUAUGAUUUACUAGAAUAAAAAAAGUGAAAUAUGAUGAGACAUAAAACACAGCUGGCCAUCAUGCCCCCAUGUCCCAGUUGGAACAUUUCUGAAGCCAGCCAAUGUAAUUCACCUCCGUCAAACCGUAUGUUUUGGAAAAGUACACACCCUAGGGCAUUUCACAUGGUGGCAUUUCAACACUUUACAUGCACUUAUUCUACCACCAGUCUCUGUCAAACGUUUUUGUGAUGUCCUUUUUCACUCACACAUUCUACUUUGAGCAUAAAUUCUAACCUCCUGUUAGGUGUUCCUGCCAAAGGACACCCCAAUAUGUGCUCGGCAACAUCUCCCGGGUACAGCGAUACCACCCAUGCAUAUGUUUGUCGGGUUCACUGGGGGGUGCAAAGCAAAAUGUCUGAUAUGCGUUUUUCAAAUUGUACAUAUCUUGUUUGCCAAUCUUCCUUAUGGGGGACUUAUCAGAUAUCCCAAUGUAUUUUCUUGACAUGAGCAUGCAUGUAUUUGAAAAGUUGACAUCCUGCAGUAGUUGAACGCAUGUGGAGGUAACUGUUCAAUCCUCAUUUUCACACACACUGCUUUUUGACUGUGAUUUAGGAGAGCCCGCUGUUGGUUAUUGCAAGAACACACCCCAGGUGGUUUUCUGCAAGGCUUCUCCUUAGGACACCCAUGCCCCCCAUGCAUAGGCUUGACAGGCUUUUGGGAAGGUAUGGUUACAAUGGUAUGACUCUUUAAUUUGAGUUGAAAUUGAGAGUAUUUCUUCUGAUAGGCCUAUCUUUAGCUUGGGGCUUAUCACAUACCCCAGUUUGAUUGCCACGAAAGGGUACACACUUUGAAACGUAGACACCCCAAGGUAUUGCAUGUGGAGUGCUUUGAUGCAACUUUUUUUUUUUUUUUUUUUUAAGCCAGACCAAAAAAAUAAAUAAAACAGUUGAGAGCAUGUGGAGGUAACUGUUCAAUCCUCAUUUUCACACACACGGCUUUUUGACUGAUUUAGGAGAGCCCGCUGUUGGUUAUUGCAAGAACACACUGUAGCGGAGGAGCAGGGGUUAAUCCAAGGGCUCUGCGCUGGGAACAAAGAUUCAGCAUACAAAAUCACAGGAACACAGCAUAAUCCACCUCCCCAAGGACUAGACGACACAUAGUCUGCGAGUCAAUUGUUAGCUUUAAUCACAGGUCUGUUUUUAUGCAUUUCUCCCAUGCAAGGGAGGUAACUUUCAUAAUUAUUACAGUAGCCAAUUGCAACCCGGUCACCCCCCACUCUCCUCCCCUUAGAUUAGCCCUUAAACAGAUUAGUGAAGACCGUUUUCCCCACUUUCUAGAUGUCCCCUAAAUACAGGGACAAAUAAGGGGUCCCCUGGUAGGUCUGAUCUGGGUGAGCAACAUACUCGAAAUUCACCCAGAUCGGACCAGGGGUUCGGGAGUUAGACAGUUACAGUUUUGACCGACCGCAGGGACUCAGUAGCCGAAAACAGUUCCAUGAAUUCUGGCCCUGCAGUCGGUCUAUUUCAGUGAAUUCAAAAUACCGAAUAACAGCCAUCCAUGCGAUUGCAAGCCUUUGCACAAAUCCCCUCGUUUAGGGGAAUCUAUCUACCGAACGCCGGGGCGUUCGUGUGUUUGAUUCGUGCUGUCGGAGCAUGCUGUAGGUCUCAGUGGUACUUGGUUAGUCGAAUGCCCGGUUUGAGUUCCAGGCGUUCGACAACCAAGUACCGCUGUUCGUGCGUAAGAUGGCCGCCGACACGUGUUCAGUAUGCGAAAUGGCGGCCACACAUACAGGCACUUAAUUUCCUCGCAACAUUGUAUCGGUCCGUUAAUUAGCAACACACGACCACCCCGUUUCGGCCAUUCACCUAAAACAGCAAUAUAACAAGAAAGUCCAUUUGGUGAGUUAUUCCCUUGGUGAAAAGUCUUUCAUUCGCACAGAAUAAUCAGUUCUAGUGGCAGGGUUUGCCACACACCCCAGGUGGUUUUCUGCAAGGCUUCUCCUUAGGACACCCAUGCCCCCCAUGCACGGGGUAAAUGUAACAACCCCCCCCCCCCCACAAAAAAAACUGAAGGGCAAAUGUUAAAUAAAUUAAAAAUGGACCAGCGUGUGGUAGCGUUUGAAGCAGUCGCCAAUGCAGAGUCCAGGCUGUCCAGGGCAAUCUCCAGUAAUAUACACUCUUUUCUCUGCCCCUUCUUAGAACAGACCCAGCAUUUUUUUUUGGGGGGGGAUUCUGCUUUGCCGAAGUAGGGGGAUUUUAAAAAUAAAAUGUGUAGCCCCAACUCUGCUCUCUCCCAUCACUGCCCGGGGAGCAGGUGCAUCACAGUACAAAAUCCCCAAAAUGAUCUGGAGCUGAAACUGUAAAAAUCUCAGUUGCGUCCUGGGGUUUGCUUUUUUGAACAACAAGAAAGCGUUGUGGGUUGCAAUCUGCAUCAGGUAGAUUGCAACCUUUUUGUACCAGGCCCUUGUCUUUCGUAUAAUUAGGUAGGGCUGCAGCAGCUGAUCUGCCAGAUCAACCCCACCCAUGUGCCGGUUAUAGGCCUUGAUGCACACUGGCUUCCUUGUCCUCUCAGCUCUGCCACGUACCGGGACCUCCACAGUCCCCUCAGUGUGGAUGCUGGUAAGAAGGUACACAUCCUUCUUGUCUCUGUACUUAACUGCCAACAGCUCCUCUUGGCGCAGAGCUGAGGUCUCCCCCCUUCGUAGCCGGGUGCGUGCAAGUUGUCCUGGGAAACCUGUGCUGUUCUUUUUAAUUGUGCCGCAAGCUACUGUAUCAAAACAGUACAGUAGCUUGAACAAAGGGACACUUGUAUAAAAAUUGUCAGUAUACAAGUGGUACCCUUUGUUCAUGAGGGGGAAAAUCAGGUCCCAGACAAUCUUGCCUCUGGUUCCCAUAUGUUCUGGGCAACCUGGAGGGUCAAGGUGGCUAUCCUUUCCCUCGUACACCCGGAAGGCUUGAAUAUACCCAUUCUCGCUAUCACAGAGCUUAUACAUCUUUACACCAUACCUAGAGCGCUUGGAAGGAACAUACUGCUUGAAUCCCAGCCUUCCCUUAUACUUCAUCAGGGAUUCAUCCACGCAUAUAUUCCUUCCAGGUGUAUAAGCCUCUGCAAACCUGGCAGCGAAGUGGGUAAUCAGGGGGCGGAUUUUAUACAGCCUGUCAAACUGGGGAUGCUCCCUAGAGGGACACAGGCUGUUGUCGCUGAAGUGCAUGAAAUGCAGAAUCAUUUCAUACCUCUUCCUCGACAUACAUUGGGAGUAAAUAGGGGUAGAGCAGAUGGGGCUACUGCUCCAGUAGGAGCGGAUGGAGGGCUUCUUUAUGAUGUCACCAGCAUAGUCAAUGCCCAGAAUCUUUUAAAUUCUGGCACAUCGAUUGGGGGCCCAUUGCUGCUUUGCCAAAAAAGUCAGGAUUUGUAGCUCUGAAUUGAUGGGCAUAUAAAUUAGUUUGGGCGACAAUGUUCCCCAAUACAUCAUCGCCCAGAAACACCUCCAUAAACUGCUGAGGGCUAAAUCCUGGGACAUCCAAAUUAAUGCCAGGAUUUGCAGUAAAUGAUGGGAUGUCUGGCCUCUGGCGAUGAGGCACUUCCCACUCCUCAGCAGUUCUGCCAGCUGUAGCAGCACAUCUCCUUUGGGCAGGGGGACUAGCAGGCACAGAUACAUCACUAGAUGCAUCACUUGCAGCAGACACUGUAUCUAGUGAUGAUGUAUCUGAGCACCUGGCUGGGUCAAAAUCAGGGUCCGAGUCUGACAUAGACGCGUCAGACUCUAGCGCAAGGGUGGCAUAUGACUGCUCAUCGCUGGUUGACUUCCGUGACCCAUGUGACAUGAUCACAAUCACUUUACUUAGUGACCUGUCACAAAAAAAAUAACCCCUAAAAAAAAAAAAAUGAACAGACAGCAAAAUAAGUGCUGCUGUGCAAGAGCCUGUGAUCUGCAGAGUGAUCACAGGCAGGACAGGGGUUAAUCGUUCUGAAAAGAGCUUUUGGGUCUCAAAAAAAAAUUCACAAAAAAUGAACCCCUAAAAAAAAAAAUAUGCACAAACAGCAGAAAAUUACUGCUGUGCAAAAGCCAGUGAUUAUAGUGAUCACUGGCAAGACAGGGGUUAAUGGCUCUGAAAAGAGCCUUUGGGUCUCAAGAGUUUACAAAUCCCUACCUAUAAACACCUAAAUCUCUCUAGCUAAACCACAGAUCUCUCUCCUUCUCUCACUAAAGCACAAGUGAGGAGAGGGAGGCAGAUCCACACUAAUCAGAGAAAUGGGGAACACACUUGGGAUGAAAUUGCUAAUGGGGCAAGCUGUGAUUGGAUGACCCCAGCCUGCCCCUUAUGAUGCGGCAUGCUAGGGGAAGCCCCAUGAUUCACUGCCUUUAGAAAGGGAUGGGGGGGAGGGUUAAUAUUGAUCAUUUUAUUUAUUUUCUAUUUAAUUUUUUAAUAUAUAUUAUAUAUGCACAGUGCCAGGACCCCUCGAGGCACUCCACACAUGCAGCGCAUCACUGCAAUACUAUCAGAGCUCCCAGAGCUCAAAAUAGCUGCAGACGUACCAGAUACGUCCAAGGUUAUUAUGGAACGUUUUUUGCCAGACGUACCAGAUACGUCCACGGUCGGGAAGGGGUUAAAGGUGCAACGUUUGGGUUACUUAGAAAGGUGUCUUCAAGAAUAAACUGAACACCCCAGGGCAAAAGUAAACCUGGGAAUACUCUCAAACAAUAGCCUUGUUAUAGGGCAUAUGCUCCUGACUGCGCUGACAAACCAAAACGCAUGUCGUGUUUUAUUUUUUUAUUUUAUUUUACACCUCCACUAUGACAUCACAUUAUGACAUCUUUUAGGGUGGUUUGUCACAGUUUUAGCUUUCUUUGGCAAGCUGUAAUAGGGAGACAUGGUUCAGGUGGACAUUAGUGACUUGUCCACGGUCUCGCUGUGAUCUAAGGGGGAACAUUUUAUAUAAUUUUUUUUUUUUUUAGGUUUCAUUAGAUUCUCCAAUCUCCUUGUCUCUCCCUCUAAUUAUCCAUUUAGUCUGAUACCGGUGACUUCAGCACCAUACUAGUAGUAAUAACAUUACAUUUUUGUUAUACUAUAUUAAACAGCUUAAUUAUUUUCCUCUGGUUUCCCCCAAUUCCCUGUGACCGAACACUCUAGAUAACAUCCCUGUUGCACCAUUUAGCUAAUUUUGUAUUUUUUUUUUUUUGGAUUGCCUCUUAUGCAUAUACCUUGACUAAUAAAUGAGUUUUUAGAAAAGACUCUCCGAUUAGAGAAUAAAAAGUGGAAAAUAUGUAUAACGCCUUCACCACGGUAAUGCAAUUCUCAAAGCGCAUAUAAUCCUACAGGAAAAAAAGUACUCUUCCUUAUUACAUAUAAACGACUUUUAGCACACCUGGUCCAAGAAUAGACCAUCCAGAUCUCAAUUGUAAUCAUCCUUUCUUCUUUUCAGCCCUGCAGGGGUUAAGAUUGCAUCUGGGGAAAUUAAAAGCUUAAAUGGUGUGAUAACAUUAGGUGAAGAGCCUCCGCUAUAUGCAUCCUAUAUGGAGCUCUCACCUUUAAUCUAUAGGCUUGUAUCAAUUGUGCAGUGUAUCCCACAAUAUGGCCAAUACAGCUUCAGAAACUUUUUUUUUUUUUCAAGAUUUAUUAUGGUUUAAAAAUCAUAAAAAUGAGAAUACAUUAAAAAAAAUUAAUCACAUUCUAAAUGGGAUUUCGUGGUGGUCCCUGUUCAGAAUGGAGUCCUGUUCAUGGCGAUACUACCAAACAGGGAGCAGGUAGGUUUUCAAAGACAACAAAUGAAACGCUGGAUCAAAUGGUGAUAACUAUUUUAUGCUAGUGGAGCCCCUGCCUCUAGUCUCCCUCACUGGGAAUGAAUAUAUAUAUAUAUAUAUAUAUAUAUAUAUUUCUCCUUUCACACCAUUAAAGGUUUGUCUUCAUCCUAGGAGCUCCAUUACAGGGGUGCAACCAACAAGCCCUUGACUUGCAUCCAGGCUCCUGGACUGCACUGUUUUCCUUUUCUCCUUUGUAUUAAAGGUGUGACGGCCUGCCUGAGUAUCUCUGCCAACCACGCUUCCUAGCGAUCAUCGGGACUCUAGAAGUACUUCAGUCCCUAGCCGCCGUAGCUUGGCUGGGGUCUCAUCUCUUCCCACCUUGGAUCAAGCUCUCCUACAGAGAAUAUCGCUAGCAUCGCCUUUUCCUCUCCCUCACAUUAGUUGAGACUGAAUGCUGGGAGUAGAUCUGUUUAAUGCAGGCAAAGCUUCAGAAUUUAUACACACUGUAAACGCCUGUGUGCUACAGAAAUAAUGGGGUCGAACUGUACAGAAAAUACAAGAAUUUCACAACACCCCAAAUCCAUGGAAACCCCUCAAGUCACCUCCCCGGAUAGCCCUGAUCUGAGUGCCUAUCUUAUUCAAGAAGCAACCAAAUCAGUUUGGUUUACAUUUUCUAUGGAAGUCCACUUUUGACCAACCCCACACUUUGCUUCUGCCCGAGAUGGUUCCAUAAGAAAAGUGGUAGCAGUCGCUCAAUUUUGGGAGUCCAAAACCAAAAAAAAUACUGAACCGAUAUUCUGUCUCCUAAGUAGCAAUUUCCCAGUUCAUGUGAACAAGCCUACUGAAUGGCACUCUCCUGACCUGAAUAGCAACAAAGCAGGCAUUCAUCAAAGUUCAGCAGUGUUUGCAAAUUGACGAUAGAUUUUUAGUUCCAUGCACUCGACAAGCAAACACCACUGCCUGGGUUCGUACGAACAAGAUGGCUGCCAAAGGUUUCCACGUGUUCGUGCAUACAAACGGCAGCCGACCACUUAGAAUCCAUAAUGUGAAAACGAUGGAUGUGUCAGUAGGGUGGUCCGCAGUUCAUGGGUUUGUUUGGCUCCCGAACUACAAUGGGAAACAACACGAAAAAAGGUGUGUGUGUGUUUGUUUUUUUUUUUUUUUGAGGUCGGUUAUCUUAACUGAGCUAAACAAACCAAGAAGUAACAGGACAGGUUGUCUGACUUCUAUGUGGAUGGUGUAACCAGAUUUUUAAUUUUUUAUUUUUAUAAAAGUACCAAUUCUUUGGGGGGUGAGAGGGUAGAAGUGGCUUAUUUGGCUAAGGUGCUUUAGGGGUCUGUAGUGUCCCUUUAAGGACAUAGAGGGCACUCCUAAUUUUAAGAAAUAAAUGCAAUGGUUACUGUCCAGAAAUAAUACAAAAUGCUUCCCCUUUAGUAUAGCCUCUAACUGAGAAUGUUGCUAAAAAUACUAUAACCUGUUAGUAAUUGCCAAUCAAUGUUCCAUACUGUGUUGGGUUGGCCUCUGGCACACACUGUGUAGUAGUGUCUCCUUGAUUUGUCCAUUGUUCUUGUUACAGCAAACUCUACUACGCGGAGCCCUGAAAUGCCUUGAAGACGCUUCCAGAACAGAACAGAGUCUUUAUAACCGGGCAGUUAUGUACUAUGCUUUCAAAGUCGCUGGGAACGAGGAGCGUAACCAAGCUCUCAUUCAACAGCUGCAGGCAGAGGCCAUUGAAGAGGGUACAUGUUCUAAGACACUUGGCCAGGAUUUACAUGUUAUGUCUAAUCCAGAUUUGUGCUAUGACUUGUACCUCCAGAGCCUCCAUGGCAAUGCACAGACUAUUACAAACCACCAUAAAGGCUGGUGUGGUGGUUUUAUAGAACCCUCCCCCUCUUAACAGUCAACAAGUGUAGAAAUAUUUGACGUUAGAAAAACAAUGUGACCUAUUAAGAUACACAACUUUUGUACCCCUGGUAUCAAUUGUGUUGACCUGUCUUACAGAGCCCAACCAUUGAACUACAGAAAACAAUAUAGUUUUUUAGAAUUUUGUAACGAUUCUGUGUGAUGUGUAGGUUUUGCUCUCCUGACCUCAAACUUUUUAAUCCAUAGAUGGAUCCAUUCACUGGGAGCGUCUUGAUAAACCAAAGGCCAAGAAUACCCCUUUCUUCUAUGUUCAAUCUCCAUCCGCUGAGGUAGAGAUUGCUGCAUACAUCCUAUUGGGAAUGGCAUAUGGCACCAAUCACUCCCAGGAACAGAAGGUCUACAUGGCCCAGAUGGUACGGUGGCUUGCCAAACAACAAAACUCACUUGGAGGAUACAGCUCUACAGCCGUAAGUCUGAUUGGUAUCUCUUCCCACAUCUUCGUGUCGGAGUAUAUUGCUAAAUUCUUCAUACAGAGCUGUUACAUCUAUAUACUGACUUAGUCUGCUUACGAUAAAGAUUUUCACUUGGCUCAUAUCGUAGUAAAACCAUGUGGAUUUAAAAUAAAAUCUGUUUUUGUUCUGUUUUAAAUCAGGACACUGUAGUGGCUGUGCAGGCCCUCGCUGCUUUUGGUUUCCUGUUUCCUACACACAAUACAACACAGCAGGUGCAAUUGUCUUCAGACAAUGGGGGUAUUGCUACAUUCAACAUUGACCAGACAAACCGGCUUCUGGUCCAGAAACAGCCCCUGGAUAACAAGACUCAAAACUACAGCCUUGACGUUCAGGGGACAGGCAGCUGUCUAAUACAGGUAAAAUCUGAGCAUGCCCUUUAGCAGUUGUAGUCUUAUUUCUCCUUGUAUGUUGUUGUGUGAAACUUGUCAUGGUCUUGAUGUGCAUGAGAUUUACCCGAUCUGUGAUUGAGAGAUAAAUAUCUAAUCCCUCUCCAAAUGGUUUGGACUUAAGCCCCACAUAUUGAUAACUGAGGGGAUAAAAGCUUGGGAAGAUGGGCCAGAAGUUAAAAUGGUAGGGAUUCUUAUCACUAAUACAUUUCAUGGAGCUGCCAGAAGACGUAGCUAUUAAACUGCUAGCUCAAUUUUUAACCUUCUUCUGAGGUUAGAAUCCUCUCUAUCCCUUACCAUUAACAGCUUAACAUGGCCAUAAAAGAUCUCAAUGGGAUAAUGUGCAGUGAAUUACUUGCAAAUGCCUUAAAAUAGUGUGUUCCACGGUCCUUAUUGGACUGCAAGUAUUACUUAAAUGGACCCUGUAGGCACCAGAAUCACUGCAGCUUUAAUGUCCCUGCAGGUCGAACAGUGUAAACGCUGCUCUUUCCAGUAAAGACUUUACAUUGCUGCCUAGUAACACCUCUAUAAGAACUUAAAGUUUUUUUGUUUUGUUUGACCGAAUCUGGAGUAAAUGGAGUUGUGUAAAAUUAGCUGACAUUUAUCCGUGGUGUGGGGUGCUUUCUGUUCACAGGUCACCACAAAAUACAACACCCCCAUAUCUGAAGAAAACUCAGCUUUCUUGCUGUCUGUAAAUACCUCCUCCGACAGCUGUGAUAAUGGCGUGGCGUAUACCUACACGAUCGACCUGGCUGUCAGGUAUUUAACCGAAUUAUUUUUAUUUUUUUCACUAAAGUAGUAGUUUCCAGUGAAUUUCAUACUAAAACAGUCAGACUGGAAGCCUAGCUGACUGAAACAAUGUUUCCAGAUCCGCUAUCUUGUGAAUGAAAUUGUAAGAGCUUGUACCCCCUGGCCAGGUCUAAAAUUUGCUAAAAAAAAUCUGAUUAAGCAAGCUCCACCAAAGCGAAUCUGUUCUCAUAUAUUUUAUUGGUACUGGCUUGCAGUUAUCAAGGCAGCAAGAAUCAAUCAAACAUGGCAAUUGUAGACGUUAAAAUGCCAUCUGGAUACGCAACAGUGUAUUCGUCGAUCGUUCAGGUAAGAAAUCGCAGAUUUUAUAUGAAAUGAAUGUGGUGUGAUAAUUGUCAGAUGGCUGCACAGUGAAGUUGUCGUUCACCUAAUCAUGUGUUCUAUCUUUUUACACACUUAUCCAUUUUCUGAUGUAUCUAUAAUAAACCAUGUAUUCUCUCCACAGCUGAGGAAUAAGGUUUCUAAAGUAGAACAAAAAAAUAAUCACGUGAUUGUGUAUCUGGAAUCUGUGAGUAUUGUAAACUGUGUCAAUCUAGCUAAUUUACAUUUAAAAUCUUUCUACUGGGUAAACUGGAACAGACCUGAAUUUAAACGUUGCCUCCAAAGGCUAGACUUGCCUUACUGAUAGAAAUAGAUUAUUGGUUUGUUGGUAAGAGGCAUCGUUAACACAUUGCUGUAUAUUCUACUCCCUCCGGUGUUUACAAGCCCUGUAUUAAUCCUGAUCGAGGUCUACAGAGUCCAACCAUUGGGCUGGAUUUGUUUGGACCAGUCUCUUUUAUUUUAGACUUACAAGGUACUUUCUGAAGGUUCUGUUUACUGUACAUCCUUUGUGCUCAAAUCAUUAAGCAAGCAGCAUAAUUCUCCAGGGCGGUAGGUUAGAGGUGCCUGGGGAAUUCUGUCCCAUUAGUCUUGUGUGAUGUAAAUCUGGCUAGUGACGUCCCUCCACCGACAUCGUCAACUAAUCUCUUCUUAUUGCAGGUAACCAAUGCCCCUAGACACUUCUCUUUCAAAGUCGAGAUAACCAACUUUGUGCAGAAUCUCCAGCCCCAGUAUGUCUCCGCAUACGACUACUAUGAGAAAGGUAAAGUCCUAAUCAUCUCAGCACAGCCAAUUCUUCCGUGUUUUUUGUCAUGCAUUUGGCUCGGAUUGCCUGUAGUUGUCAAUUUGUUGGCGUUAAACUACCCUCAACCUUGCUUAGAGGAAAAUGGGGUCCAUCUAGAGAUUUCACAUCAAACUCCAGAGAGGACUGGAAUACAAUGUAGAAAUAACCGAGAUUUCACUUGAGAUAUUGGAAUUGUAAUGUGUGUACUUUGAACUAAAUUUAGUUUUAAAGCUUAUUUUGUAUAACUUUUCUUUUACAGAUGAGAAUGGCAUAGCUGUACUCUAUCACCCCUGUGCUGCCUAAAAUUGGAGGUAAUUUCAAAACCACAGGCAAACAAUGGUCUGCCUGUAUCAUAUAAUCUAAAGUUUACAUUAAAUGGUCUCCAACCCCUGUUCUGUAUUGUGCUAUUUAUUUGUAAUUAGAUAUUAAAGUAUCAGAGGAAUUAACGUAUCUUAUUUGAUCUAGUAGAGGUUAGAAUUGAGCAUUGUUCUGAAAUCUAAUUUUAAAGAACAAUUUGUGACUUUAGAGAAGAGGAAUUAUCAUUGGUUGACAAAACGGUUUCUGAAACCGACUUAUUAAAGGGACACUGUAGUCACCAAAACAAGUUUAGCUUAAUGAAGCAGUUUUGGUAUAUAGAUUAUGCCCCUGUGGUCUCACUGCUCAGUUCACUGUCAUUUAGGAGUUAAAUCACUGUUUGUUUAUGCAGCCCUAGCUACACCACCCCUGGCUGUGACUGACAGCCUGCAUAAAAAAAGUUUUCCUUUUCAAUCAGAUGGAACUUAAUAUCUUAUGCUCUUUAAAUUAAACUCACAUUACAUACAGGAGGCUUCUGUAGAUUCUAGCAAGCUAUUAACAGGGCAGGAUACAAAAAAUAUACAUUAAACAUAAUUUGCAAUAAAGGAAGUAUAAACAUUAGAUGACUCUUUACAGGAAGUGUUUAGGAAGGAUGUGUAAGUCAGAUGCAGGGAGGAGUGACUAGGGCUGCAUAAAGUGAUUUAACGCCUAAAUGGCAGAUAAUUGAGCAAUGAGCAUACUCUAUACAAAAAAAAAACACCUUUAAAUCCUAAAGUGUAGUGGCUUUUUAUAUAUAUACAAUGCAACAGAUCUGACACUUUGACUUGCAUCAAAAAAUAAUUUUUAAGAAAGGUCUAGUUACCAGUGGGAUCCCUCAGGGAUCUGUACUUGGACCCAUUUUCUUUAAUAUUUUUAUUCUUGAUAGUAAGGUAUAUCUUUUUGCUGAUGACACUAAGAUCUGUAACAGGGUUGAUGUUCCAGGAGGGAUAAUCCAAAUGGCAAAUGAUUUAGGUAAACUAGAUGUGGCAACUGACAUUUAUUGUGGAUAAGUGCAAGAUAAUGCAUCUUGGAUGUAAAAACCCAAGGGCAGAGUACAGAAUAUUUGAUAGAGUCCUAACCUCAACAUAUGAGGAAAGGGAUUUAGGGGUGAUUAUUUCUGAUGCCUUAAAGGUAGGCAGACAAUGUAAUAGAGCAGCAGGAAAUGCUAGCAGAAUGUUUGGUUGUAUAGGGAGAGGUAUUAGCAGUAGAAAGAGGGAAGUGCACAUGCCAUUGUACAGAACACUGGUGAGACCUCACUUGGAGUAUUGUACACAGUACUGGAGACCGUAUCUUCAGAAGGAUAUUGAUACCUUAGAGAGGGUUCAGAGAAGGGCUACUAAACUGGUUCAUGGAUUGCGGGAUAAAACUUACCAGGAAAGGUUAAAGGAUCUUAACAUGUAUAGCUUGGAGGAAAGACGAGACAGGGGGGAUAUGAUAGAAACAUUUAAAUAUAUAAAGGGAAUCAACACAGUAAAGGAGGAGACUAUAUUUAAAAGAAGAAACUACCACAAAAAGAGGACAUAGUCUUAAAGAACCACUCUAGGCACCCAGACCACUUAAGCUUAAUGAAGUGGUCUGGGUGCCAGGUCCAGCUAGGUUUAACCCUUUUGCAGUAAACAUAGCAGUUUCUCUGAAACUGCUAUGUUAACCUAUGGGUUAAUCCAGCCUCUAGGGACGACGCUUGCAUCCAUAGGAAAGCAUACCUAUGAGACUGGCUGAAUGCACACGCAGCUCUUGCUGCGGAUGCGCAUUCAGCCAAUGACCUGAAGAAGAGGGAGGAGAGUCCAGCGCCGAGGAAGACCGGCGCUGGGGGGAAAAAGGGGUAAGUGAUUAACCCCUUCUUCCCCCUUCAGGCCCACCCUGAGGGUGGGGGCUAUAGUGCCAGUAAAGUGUUUUCCUGGCACUAUAGUGGUCCCUUUUUUUUAUUUAUUUUUUUAUUUUUUUUAAAUUGGAGGGACAAAGGUUUAAAAAUAAUAUCAGAAAGUAUUACUUUACUGAGAGGGUAGUUGAUGCAUGGAAUAGCCUUCCAGCUGAAGUGGUAGAGGUUAAGCAUGCAUGGGAUAGGUAUAAGGCUAUCCUAGACUUAAGAGCAGGCCAGUUUCAAAAUAUUGGGCAGACUGUUUAAUUGUGCCUAAAAACAGACAUGACUGUUAAUUGCACUUUGAAAAAUCUCCCCCCUAGAUGUCAGAAAUUACUGCUGUGUGACCAUCCCCAAGGAUCCCACGUUGGUAGACUUUAAACAAAGAAUACAUACUGCUAAAAUAUCCUGUUACAGAGACUGAUAAUUUGAGACCUGUGUUUAAUAAAACCAUGGAUUUUAAUACUGGAUUCUGAUCUCUCUUCUUUUACAGGAAUGUCUCCUGGUUUAAGCGUAUCCCCCUUCAAUACACUAGGACUAUGCUCAUUUCUGAGACUGUCCACAUUAUUGACUAUAGAGCUGGACCUCUAAUGCUUCCAGUAAACGAUAUCUUCCUUCCUGACAACUGUUAUUGAGCUGUAAUAAAUUCUCUAAUGUUUCAUUGGUG